AUGGAAGCUGACUUAGCCGAACUUAAGAAGCAGGUUGCUGCUCUGCAGAAAGAAGUGUCACGGUUCCAAGACGAAGCAGAAGUGCGCAAGACCCACUUCAAGUAUGGCUACUACCUCGACAAGUGCCUCUACAACGAAGUCGUCGAUAUGUUCGCCGACCACCCGGACACGUACGUCGAGUUCCUCGGCUCCCGCUACCGGGGCAAAGCCGGUGUCAAGCGGCUCUACCAGGGCCGGUUCCAAAACACCUUCGUCAAGGGCCGCAACGGUCCCGUGCACGGCUUCCUCCUCGACCAUAUCAUGAUGCAAGACGUCGUGGAUGUGGACUCCACAGGCACGCAUGCCUGGUGCCGUAUGCGAGCCCUCAUGCAGGCCGGCACGCACGACUCGGUAAACGAGACGCAUCCGCGCGGGCAUGUCCAGUGGUGGGAGGGCGGGCUCUACGAAAAUGAGUACCUCAAAGAGAACGGCGUGUGGAAGCUAUUCCGAUAUCGGUAUUUCCCGUUCUGGCACGCGGAAUUCGAAUCAGGGUGGUCGCAUACGAAGAAGAACUACAUCCCGUGGCCGACCAAGACCUACCCGGAGGACCCCUUGGGCCCGGAUGAGAUCCUCGAGCAGAAGAUGCUCUGGCCAGACACGAGGGUCAUCCCGUUCCACUACCCGCAUCCUGUUACGGGCAAGAAGAUUAAUGAGGAUGACCUGAGGGCGCCGAAUUGGGGUCAGGAUGUGAACACUUCGGACAAGUGUUUGACGCUGAAGUUGCCUGACGGGCAGACGCGCGAAGGGGCAGAGGAGGGAGUGGCUGAGUCGAAGCCCGGCACCAAGAUCUUGCCUGAGCUGAUCCAGAACAAGCAAAUCAACGGGGCUUGA